GAUGCCUCUGCGAUUCAGGAUUCAGUUGGAGCUCUUUCGGCGUCAAUUGUUCUCUGGGUGAGAAUGUGAAGGAUCAUUGCAGAAAAGACAUAAAGUGAAACUUGUAUCUAUAGUUGCUCCUGCCGGUGUCACAAUUUUCAUCCUUGUAUUCGGUGGCUUCUAUUACAUGAGAAGGCAGCAUGGUAGUAACCAAGGGAGCAGGGAAAGCACUCAGGAAAAUCCUGACUUUCGUCUAUACGACAGCGAGAAACGGAUCAAAAUGUGGAUGGAGUCACGCCAGUUUGACGAGGAUGAUAAGAAAGGCAUAGACGUGCCAUUUUUCGAUUUAGAAAUUAUUCUGCAAGCAACGAAUAACUUCUCGGAUGAGAACAAACUUGGUAAAGGCGGGUUCGGGCCUGUUUACAAGGCUACUUUUCCAGGAGGUCAGGAAAUUGCAGUGAAGAGGCUAUGGAGUGGAUCAGGACAGGGCUUGGAGGAAUUUAAGAACGAAGUCAUCUUGAUUGCCAAACUUCAACAUCGAAAUCUCGUCAGAUUAGUAGGAUAUUGCGUCAAAGGAGAUGAAAAGAUGUUACUAUAUGAGUACAUGCCCAACAAAAGCUUAGAUUCAUUCAUAUUUGAUCGAAGAAGGUGUGGGUUGCUGACCUGGGACACACGAUUUGAGAUUAUCUUGGGAAUUGCACGAGGAAUGCUCUAUCUUCAUCAAGAUUCUCGGCUGCGAAUCAUUCACAGAGAUCUCAAGACAAGCAACGUUUUGCUCGAUGAGGAGAUGACUCCCAAAAUCUCCGACUUCGGUCUGGCACGGAUAUUUGAGGCAAAACAAACUGAAGCAAGCACGCAAAGGGUGAUUGGCACAUAUGGAUACAUGUCUCCGGAGUAUGCUUUGGACGGAUUUUUCUCAUUCAAGUCCGAUGUUUUUAGCUUUGGUGUCGUCGUGCUGGAGAUUGUUAGCGGGAUACGUAACACAGGCUUCUAUCGGUCCGAAGGAACAAUGAGCCUUCUCACGCAUGCUUGGAAUUUAUGGAAUGACAAUAAAGCAUUGGACUUGAUGGAUCAAGUGUUGCACGAAACUUACAACAGAGAUCAAGUUUUAAAGUGCAUAAAUGUCGCGCUUUUAUGCGUGCAAGAAGACCCGAGCGACCGUCCCACGAUGUCAAAUGCAGUAUUCAUGCUCGGUAGUGAAACUGUGACUCUUCCAGUUCCAAAAAAACCGGCUUUUGCAGUUAAGAUAGGCGUUUCUACGACAGCUUCUUCUUCCAGCAAACCAGAGUUGAGCUCGGUGUUGUCGACUACUCUGGAACAAGGACGUUAGCAUUUGGAUCUUCGUCGAAUCUCUAUUCCACAUCUUAGUUGUCAAAAGCUUUACCCAUCAGGCAUUUGUUUGAUUAGGAAUGCCUCAAAUUGUGCCCUGUGAUAUUCCUUUCUCCUCCGGCAAAGACGGUUCACUCUCUGUUGAUUGCUGAUGUUCCUCCUCGGCCUAAACAGUGUACAAUACUAACAUCCCGAAUCGGCUUCUUGAUCACCGGAGCUGAUUCUUUCCUUUGUUUUCUUGUAUUUUUCAUUCCCAAGAAUAAGUUUCUUCUGCUGCAAUUGAGUUGUAAAAUCAAUUUCCUUUUGGAAUACCGUCAUCUUAUCAAACUCGAAAUCAACCCCACUAUAGUUGUCACCGAGACGCUACUGUUAGCUGUCAAAGAUCGGUAUAUUCCAUUUUAGUGUAUGUCCGUUCCCUUGAAAAGCUGCAUAGAACAUUUUUAUGAAUGACUUGUUUGUUUU